CUAUCGCACCACACAUGAACUACUUAGUGAAUUAGCUUCUCAUAUUACCGAGGUGUUGCCGAUUGACUAUGAUUUCACGUUACCGGUUCACGGCAAUUGUCAACGGGGCAGCACUAUUUACUAUCGAACAUGGCCGCAUGGCUCGGUGACAAAGGCUCGUCCGAUAUUCCGACAAACAAUUCGACAAACUUGUUUAUAACUAACUUUAAAAUUAAUAGUGAACUAAAUUUCAAUUCAUUUGACAAAGCCUUUAAAGAGUUUCAUGUGCGUGGGUACAGCAGUAAAUCGGACGAGAAUAAAGUGACGUCGGAAAACCAAACUAUUCCCAAGGGCAGUUUUACCGACAAACAUGAAGUAUUCCUGCACAAUGACAAAUUAUCAGAUAUACCAAAGACUAGUGACUUCACCAAAGCAAUGGAGAUGGGCAGGAGAAAACCAGAGGACAACACACCAAGAUACAAAUGCGAGCAUGACGGUUGUGAACGAACAUACAGUACAGUUGGCAAUUUACGGACACACAUGAAGACACACAAAGGUGAAUACAGAUUCAAGUGUCCUAUGCAGUCAUGUAACAAGGCAUUUCUCACAUCAUACAGUCUGAAAAUCCAUGUCCGUGCACAUACCAAGUCUAAACCAUUUGCCUGCAAUAUUGGCGGAUGCAGAAAAGCUUUCAACACCCUUUACAGACUCCGAGCACACCAAAGAUUACACAGUGGAGAUACAUUUAAUUGCAAAGCGGACGGCUGUGCAAAGUUUUUUACAACUCUUAGUGACUUGAAGAAACAUAUCCGAACACAUACGCAAGAAAGACCUUACAAGUGCAAAUCAGACGGAUGUGGCAAGUCCUUCACUGCAUCACACCACCUUAAGGCGCAUACGCGGACUCAUUCAGGAUCUCGGCCUUACGCGUGCGCGGCGCCGGGUUGUGGUCGGCUUUUCUCCACAACAACCAGUCUCCGGGCUCAUGCUAAAAAACAUCAGAUCGAAGCUGAAGCACCAAGUAUCAAAGUUAUUGAAGCAAUUCCAAUAACAUCGACAUCGCCUUCUAUCUCAACAAAGCCAGUGCAAGAUUUCAUGAACUGGGACGGACUUCUCGAAUCCUUUGGUCGAAUCACCACAGAGUCCAAUUCUACUGACGGCAGCCUCGAAGACAUCAAUAGAGCCAAUACCCAAAUGCAAUGCACUAAUAACACCGUAGAUAUAACAGAACUGCUUUUUGACCACUCUAAUGCCGACAUGAAACAUAACGAAACUGACAAUUUAGCUGAUUAUGACGUAACUAAUUUAGACGCAAUAUCUCAUUUCGCUGCGACCAAAAAUAACAAAAAGGACCCUGAUGUAAGUUCAUGGGAAGUCGGAGAUCUGCGCCCGAUAAUACCGCCACAACCAGGAACUAGUUGUAAGCUAGAAGUGGAAUCAAAAGCCAUGCAACUCGCUCUUGCCAAUGAAAUUGAAGUACAAGCCCCAUGGGUGGACGUCAGUGCUUUAGCUGCUUCUAUUUCAGAAACUCCAGUAAGCAUAAAGGAGAAAACGCCAGAAAAUAUAUUUACACUAGCCACGUUUGUUCCAACUCAUAUACAAAGCUACAUAGAUUUGAAUCAAGAAGUACCGCCGACCGCAAACCUGGUGUCACAAAAUUCUUUCAACUUAGACACACCAACAAUAUUAGAUGUCAAUGAAAAAGUUUUCAAUGACAGUGAAUUAAUAUCAAACAUGCAGUGCAGUAAACUCGAUAAAGAGUUAGAUAACUUUUUGCACAUCACCACUGAUUCUCCAGACAGAUCGCUAAACACUCCGCCUCCAACAAAGGAAGGAAAUGCAAUCCACAAUUCAGAUAAUAUUCUUUUCGAUGAUACCUUCUUAUGCUCUUCAGACGAUGAUAAACUAAAUAUAUUAACGACAUCAAAAGCCGAAGAAAAAAUAGAAUUUAACCCAUCCGAAACAGUGCUCUUCAGUGACAAUUUCCUUAAAACACCCGAGCACGAAGUUGAUAGGCUUUUGAGUACUCCACCACCACCAUCAAAAGUGCAACAGAAGAUUGAAAUUAAUCCAGCAAUAUCUGUGCUCUUUAACACAGACUUAGCUUUAGAAGACACGUUAUUAUUCGAUAACGAACCACCAUCAGAUAUGUAUGUGGUAAGGACGGAAAAUAUUUUCGGGAAAGAGAUAGCAAAAAGGAAUGCAUUAAAGCAACUGGCAGCCGACGCUGGAAUUUGUUCAUGCACAAACUGCAAAUGUGAUCCAUCAGAUGGAGAAUGUCAAAGUUGCACAGAUAAGACCACAGACAGGCCUAAUCAGUGCACAGCAGACACGUGCACCUGUGUUGAUUGCAAAUGUGACCACGCCAGUAUGAAAUGCGUUACUGGAUGCGGGAAAGCAACAGACAAAAAUCAUAAUACAUUCUUGCAUUAUCACCGAAGGCAUAACAAUUCUAAUUUAGAAGAUCUAGGAGUUUAUACCCUUCAUGAAUGUGACGACGAAACAGAAUCGGCAAUAGAGAGUUUCAAAUGUUCGUGUAACGACAAAAGUGGGAAGGGCUGUUGUACGAACAAUCCAGCUAAACAAAGUACAUCACAAACAGUGUCGUGUUGUAAUACUAACAAUACCGCUGCUGUAUCUAAAUCAUGCUGUGUGACAAUCUGCUUUAAAAAACUUAAUGCGUUCAAACAAUUUCUAUCGGAUAAUGAAGCGAUGUUGGAGGCGUUCAAAGCUCACAAUUUGAAUUUAACAACGAGUCUUUAGCUAGUCGCUGUAAUCAUUGCAUUUAAUUUACUUACAAAAGCAUUCACUUCCUUAUGCAUUACCUAUCGCUAUUUCCUCAACAUUAUCUAUUUAAGUACUAUUACAUUUAUAUAUAUUUUUAAUAUCUGUGUUAGCCGACAUCUUUAAUGAAUGUUGCUUAUCUUUGCUUGACAAAUAUUUAUUUGUAUUUUUAUAAUUGCCAGAUAACACGAGUUUAUAAGUGGUGAGUAGAACAAAAUGCCUUGGUUUGUUCUCUGAAUUGAUGCGCAAAACUUUAACUUGGCCAAGCAUAGAAAUUCUCCUUGUCACAUAACAAACAUGCAGUAUGACAAAAUAAUUAGGUAAAAACAAAGUACCCAAAUAACACAUUGUGAUAAAAUUUCAAUAGAUAAGUGCAAUGUUACAUUGAUAUAGUAUAUGAAUAGAGUGCAAUGUAGAAUUACAUUUACUUACGUAUGGAUUUUUCAAAAUGUAUUUUGUUCCAGUUUAAUUUUUUUAUGGUUAACAAACCAGCUAAGUGUAAGGUCACUGUCCAACCUUGGAGAGUGAUUACCGCCGCCCAUUAGAUAUUCAAGAUAUUAGGGGAGUAUCUUUAACAUUGCAAGUGCGGUACCGACCGCAGAACAUAAACUUUUAAGUUUCCCGUAACUUGUGAUUGCGCUGGCGCUCCCAGCCCUCCAAUGCGGAACAUAACAUAGCUGCUUUACUAUAGAAAUAUAUAGUGCGUUGGUUCUGCACAAAGAAUCCUACCAGUAAGUAUUAUGUGCCAUUUGUUAUAUAAAAUUAUUUUAAUAUAAUAUAUGAUGUUAUUUUGUGUACAUUAUAUGAAAGAAUUUAUAGUACAUU